AAACACGGUCGCUGACCCAGAUUCCAGCCCCUUCUGCUACACACACACGGUCACAGCCUCUCUCCGCUGCGCCAACGCAACAGCGACGCUGAACCACAAGAAGACGAAAGUUCAACACGAUACGAGAGAAGAGACGAAAAUGGACAUGAAAAAGAGAAUUCAUUUAGAACUGAGGAACCGGACACCGUCAGAUGUUCACGAGCUGGUGCUGGACAACUGCCGGUCGAACGAGGGGAAGAUGGAGGGAAUCACGGAAGAGUUUGAGAACCUGCAGCUUCUCAGCUUGGUCAACGUCGGCCUGAUCUCCGUGUCCAACAUCCCCAAACUAGAGAAACUCACCAAGUUGGAGCUGAGUGAUAACAGGAUAUCGGGGGGUCUGGAGGUUCUAGCAGAGCGCCUGGUCAACUUGACUCACCUCAACCUCAGUGGGAACAAGUUCAAAGACAUCAGCACACUGGAGCCCCUGAAGAAGCUGCACCUGCUGAAGUCCCUGGACCUGUUUAACUGCGAGGUGACCAACCUGGGGGACUACAGGGAGAGCAUCUUCAAGCUGUUGCCCCAGCUCACAUACCUGGACGGGUACGACAUCGAGGACUGUGAGGCCUCCGACUCAGACAGCGAGGGAGACGGCCUGGAGGAUGAGGAGGGAGUAGAGGGAGAGAGUGAGGACUUUGAUGAGGAAGAGGAGGAUGAUGAAGAGGAGGGGGUGGUGGCAGAGGAGGAGGAUGAUGACGAUGACAGUGAGGAAGGAGAGGUAAACGGAGGGCUGGACGACGAUGAUGAUGAUGAUGAAGACGAGGAUGAGGAUGACGAUGAUGAGGAAGACUCCCCCUCCAAGGGAGAGAAGAGGAAGCGGGCCCCUGAAGAUGAAGAUGAGGAUGAUGAUGACGACGACGAUGAUGAUGAUUGAGUGAUGACCCCUAACCCCCCUCCUCCCGUCCUGCUGGCUUCUCCAUCCUGUUCUGGCUCCUCCCUUUCCUGCCCUGGCUCCUCCCAUAAUGACCUCCCACCCCAUGGACUGGCUGUGUGUUGCCCUGGGAGACGCCACCCCCCUCUGUAAUGAACUCUGGGAACGGGAGGCUUUUUUUGCCAACAGAGCUUUUAAGAAAAAUUAAGAAAAAACCUAAAACAAAAAAAAAAAAAUGGAAGAAGGAAGAAAAAAAAAUCCUAUUUUUUUCAGAGAAUUUAGUUUAGUUGUUUAUUUUGUAUCGUUGUUGUCAGGGCUGUGUGGGUGUGUCCUGUGUGUGGAGGGGGAGUCACCUGAGGGACACCUCCUCCUCCUCCCUCUUCUUCUCCUCUCCCUCCUCUCUUCUCCUCUCCCUCCUCCCCUCCUCCCUCCCUUCUCUCCCUCCUCUCAGAUCUCAGCUCUGUAGAGGUGAGUGAGUGUUUGCUCCGCCCUGCCUCCAGAUAGGUUGAUCUGCUGAGUGGAGACUGUGGAGGCGGGGCCUGUAGAGGGUGGGGCUUAUGGGGGUCAGGGGGUGGGGCCUGAGUGGGUGUGUCUCUGAUACUUACACUGACUGGUCUUGGCUGUAUUUUUUUACUUUCCGUAAGUUAAAAACAAAAACCAUAUAAAAAUGGACUUUGUAAAUAAAAUCUUAACAUUUUG